AUGUCCGCCCUCCCAGCUCCGGAUGCCCCCCUGCAGAUUGAAUGGCAGCCAGUGCCCCUCCAGCUUGAUGCCACCGGGCAGACACAGCUUGUUAAGAAGCCCAGGACCGCUCUACAGACCUACAUCCCCGGUUGUGAGCCUGCCUGGCAAGAUACCGAUGAGGUUUCCAUUCAGCAGUUCUUCACAGAGCCCCAAACCUAUCUCCAGCACAGCCUGCAGAACCAGUUGACCCGGGGCAGUCAGGCACUACUCCUUGUACAAGAGCGCCAGGCAGCACAAAAUGCUCUUAUGGCCGAAGCUCUUGAGUACAUGAGGAAGGAAGUCAACUCUGUCCAGGAAGAACUCCGGAAGUAUGCGGAGAGAGAUGAACUGGAUGCCGAUGCCAUGGAGAUUGAGUGGACAAACCCGGCCACUCCGCCAGACUUUGUGGCCAAGAUACAGAGAGCCCUUGAUGAAGGAAGACUGGUGGUGGGAAGACCAGCAACUCCGGCACCAAAUCCAGGCUCCAGGUCCUCUUCCAGGGCAGCUAUCAGAACAAUGCAGCGAAAGACCAGCCCCUUUGCAGCAUUUCCGGUCCGAUCCACUAGGAGAGUUGUUCCUAUUGUGCAGCCAGCGGUGGGAGCAUCUCCCUUACCUCCUAGCCGCUUCGCAGGAAUAAACCCAUUCCUUGGAUUAGCCGACCGAUCCUUUGACUAUAAAGGAGAGCUCUACCCAGGUGCAGGCCGAGGACCUCCCAGUCCACUAGCUAGGAACCCGGGAAGGUUCACUAUAUCUGGAGCCGCUCAAGGAGCAGCAACCUCACCAUUGGCCAGCAACCCGGCACCAGUAGCACCUGUGGCCCCUCCUACUGCGGCCGCCGCUCCCCCUUCAGCUAAUGCACAGGGUGGAAGCGGUGGAAACCAGAACCCUCCACCUCCCGUGGCCCAUGCUCCCGCUCCCGGAGAUUCAGAUGGUUCUGAUAGUUCAGACUCGGAACCAGAAGGUGGUGAUAGAAGAGGCUGGCGGAGAUACCUCAAGAAGAAGCUUGAGAAGCAACAAAAGGAUUU